AAAAAAAACACAAAUAAAUCAAAACAUUAAAAAAAUAUUCACGAACAUUUUUUAAGUUUUAAAUUUUGUUAAAAUAAAAAGUUAAAAAAUAGAGAAAAGCACAGGAACUUUUGUUCGGUUUGUGCCGGCCAAAAGUGCACACAAUCAGGAAAUGGAUCAUUUCUGGCAUACUCUGUCGAAGGAGGUUGGGCGUAUCCCGGAUACGUUGAAGAAUAUCCUGGAAGUGACCGAGUACAUCAAUGCCGGGCUGGGCUUCAUCGGCAACGAUGAGAUAGCGGCCAUUGAAGACGACGUCCGGCUGUUGCCGAAGAUCAUGGACAAACCGGCGGAUGACCCUUCUAUGAGGAAGUACUUUGGCCGUUUUGCCCACUGUCCGGAUCGGUUCCGGUUGAUGGCCGGCGAGAGGGCGAUCCUGAAGAUGAUUUCCGGCUGCAUUCAGCGCAAGGGGAUUGCACAUUAUAUGAAGACGGUGGAGCGGCGGGAGAAGGAAGUGGCCGUCGUCCAGGGCAGUGUCGAUCAGGUGGCUAACGAGGUGCGUAAGAAAAUCGUGGACUUUUAUACUGACCGAUGCGAUGGAAGUGCGGAGCAGAUUGAUUUCUGCAACCGCGUGGCGUUGAUUCCGAUAGAAAUAACAGAGGCGGAUGACGGCGGAACGGUUGCGAGAAUCAGAUGCAUUUUUUGCACCAACGAAAAUGUGAUAAGCUGUCGACCGGAGCGAUGUGGGGGAAGCUGGAAGGUUAGCAACUUUCUGGCGCACAUUCGCAACGUGCACAAGAACAUCAAUUCACCGAGUUCGAUGGCUCGGGCCGUUGGAGCUGCAGGAACCAGUAAAUCACCUCCGGUGGAGGUAAUUGUAGGAGAAUCGAGCUCCAAUGGGGUCGGAGCUUAUGACUACUGGAAUAAUUCGAAUGAUGUGAGUUCGAGCCACGAGAAUCCGUACAAACGGAAACUGGAGCAAAUGGCUGGAGGUGGGGAAUCUUUGAUGGACAAAUACGGCUUCUCUAUCAAGGAAGAGCGAUAUCAAUAACAUGCAGGUAAUUCUCACAUCGUUCGAUAAAUCAAAUUAAUCUAGUAUCAAGUAAUGCACCUUUGUUCCACUUUGAUCUUCAAAUAUGCGAUUAAGUGUUUCCGCUUUCUUGCAACAGAAAUGACUGCAAUAAUAUUACAUGGACACUUUUAUUAGGGAGAUGUCGGAGUGGGUCGUUUCAUCCAAACGGCGCGUGUUAACCCGAUUUCCUAUAUACACAUGUGAGGAAAAUAGCGAUUUGGGCGUAUCGACUGUGGAAAACAGACAUAGAGAGUCUUGGGACAAGGAGCAAAUUAUCAACAAUUUAGUUGAAGGCCCCUGUCAACGUCGAUUCAGUUACGUCGCAAACGCUAUUUCAUAUGAAUUUAUUCAUACAGGGUGUCUACUACCUGGAAAAACCUGGAAAACCGGGAAUCCUCAGGGAAUUUUAUUGAACAGGGAAAAACCUGGAAUACUCAGGGAAUUUCUUGAGUACUCAGGGAAAUUUUACUCCGAUAAUAAAAAACAUUAGGUCGUAUGAACCUGCCAGUAAAAAUCCAUAAAGAAAUUUCGCUACAAGGAUUUUUUCCAGAAAUUCCGUCAGAAUUUCUUUCUAGAACUUCUUUAAAAAUACUUCCGGGAAUGUCUCCCAGGAUUUCUCAUAAAAUUCCUUCCGCAUUUUUGAUGCUAUUUUUCUUGGUAUCCUUUUUGAUUUUUUUUUUCCGGAAAGGUAUACUUCCACAUUCCUUCCAGGAUUCCUGAAUUCCAACCGAUUCUCCUGGAGUUUUUCACGGGGUUGCUAUUUCUUCCCAGAGUUCCUCCAGUGUUUUGCUCAAAGAGAUCUUCGUUGGAUUUCUACCAGAAUUUAUCCUGAAUACUCUAUAAGAAUAUCUGUCGAGAUAAAUCGUGGAAUUUCUUUCGGCACUCCUCACGGAAAUUUUACCCGAUUCCUUCCGGUGUUACUCUCGGGACUUCCUCAGAAGAUCUUCACAGAAUUUCUUUUAGGGUUGCUAAAUGAGUUAUUCCUGGGGUUUCUAGUUCCUCCAAUGGUUUCUGAAGGAGUUUUCACGAAUUUACUGCAAGAGUUCCUCAAGAGAUUUCUUUCAUUUUUUUCCUGUGAUAUCUUCAAACCAUUGCUUUAGGCUUUCUUUGAGAUGUUCUUCCUGGUCUCCUACAGGAAUUUGAUAAAAGUUUUCGCGAGGUUUAUUCUGAAGUUGUACCUGAGGUUUUUCUCGGAGUAUCUCCUGGAACUUCUCUCAGAAGAUUCCUUCCGAUGUUGGUCAUGAGAUGUUUCUCAGAGUUUUUCUGAAUUUACCUUGGAUUUUCUCCAGAGUGCCUUCUGGGAUUUCCACAGAAGUUAUUGCUGAUAUUUCUCAUUAAAUUCUUUUCUUGCAUUCUUUCAGAGCCAUGCUGUUUCUUGUAGUUGUACCGGAUUUCUUGCAGUGAUCCACCUGAGAUUUUUUACAGAUAUUCUGUGCAUUAUUCCCAAAGAUCUUCCCGGAAUCUUUACCAGAAGUUGUCCCGAGAUUCUGGAUACUCCUUUAGGGAUUUCUUCCAAAGUAAUUGCAGGGAUUCUUCUACGGGUUUUCCUCAGAAUGUCUCCUGAGAUAACUUACGAAAUACCUUAUAGGAAAUUCAUGGAGAAAUAUUUGACUGGAUUCCAAUAAAAUCUUUCGAGAAACUCCGCAAAGUGUUAUUGAAGAAAUCUCGACAGAAACUUCAGGAAAAACCUGAGAAAAAAAAAUAGACAUCUCGAAAAAAGUUCUAGGUAAUAGUAAUCCCGAGAAGAAUUAUUAAGGACAUCCAAGGAGGAAUUCUGAAAACCUCAUGGAAUCCUGAAAGCAGCUGCGGACGUAGUUCCGCGAGGAAAACAAUAGGAGUAUCGGUAAAAAUCCAAUAGUUUAUGGAUAGCUGUCCUGGAAAACCACUAAAAAAGGCAUGUACACUAGCUUCAGUCGGUGGCUGUACCGAUUAAACGAAACUUAACACUGAAUGGCUACGGAUAAGAAGCUAUUCUCGUGAAAAAUGUCAUCGCUCGGAGCGGGUAUCGAGCCCUCAUCCACCCGGACUCUAACCGCAUGGCAUGGCAAUUAGUCUAUGGCAUGGCUACGAGGUUCAACCAAUGACAUUCUUGAAGAAACUUUGAAUAGUUUUGGAUGGAUCUUCAGGAGGAAUCCAGCGAGAAUCGAAAGUAUAUCGGAAAACCUUUGCAAGAAAUAUCGGGACGUACUCAAACAGAUAUCUCGUGUGGAAGAAUCCUACGGAAAGCCAGGAAGAAACUUUGGAAGAAAUUCCAGGAAUUAUGCUCAGAAAUCUUGAAAGAAUUUUUGAAGAGUAGGGGAACUUUCGUAUUUUCGGCAGUUUUGUUCUCUUCGUCAUGGGUUUUUUUGUUGAACUUAGAGUUGGCAUCAAAUCCUUCCAAACCAAGCUGAAUAUGAUCAAGUUUCAGGCAAUUUGGCCGACAUAAAUCCCUCAUGACGAAGAGAACAAACCUGCCGAUGAUACCCUAAGUCACCCUUCUUAAUUUUUAGAAAAUUUGGGUUAUUUUUUUAAUUAUAAACUUUCAAAAUAUCAUCUGGAAAAACCUGGAAAACUCAGGGAAUUUUAUUUUGAGCUAUGAGUAGACAUCCUGUCAUACUCGUCAUGAAAAAUAUGUGUGAGGUCGUUAAAUCGAUGUAUGUACUUCCUUUAUUUAUUACUGCACCACGGUAUGUGUGAUUUUAGUAUUUAAGACUAAUAUCGAAAUAAAAUAACUAUAAUACAAGCGUAUAAGUGUGAUCAACCCUAGAAUAGCUUAAUAAACGUGGCAUCCAUACAUUUGGAGCAAACAUA